UUCUGUUAUUCGUUUCUGAGAACUCUCCAAACUCGGUUGUAAGAGAAGAGCAGGUCGGCUGCUUACUUCAACUAAGAAAUCUGACUCAAUCCAUAAGCAGAUUUACAGCCGUCUUCCCAAGUCAUUGCUGAGAGCUAAAACGGAUGUCAGUCCUCUUCCCCAAUAUAUUUCAGUCUCCACCACCGGCUCUGCUGCCUUCAAGGCCACUUUCCAUCUGCUGCUCAGCAUCAGCAUCCAUGGAUCCUCACCCAACAAAGUUCGUGGAGUUUCCCUACGUCUCAACCCCCCAUAAGAACCUCAUGGUUCAUCUUGUAUCCGCCGUUGAGACUCGCCUCGCCUCCCAUCUCCUCCCUUCAACUCUCCCACCUGAUGUACAGUACUACCAGAACGACACCGCUACUAACCAUGCGGCUCUCCACAUCAGAUCCGGCCGCCCCUCCUCACCUAUUGAUUUCAUACUAGGAAGUUGGUUGCACUGUCAGCUACCAACAGGCGGAGCAUUGAACAUUACAAGUUUUUCAUCCUAUCUCAACGCAUCAACAGAUGCACCAAAUUUCCUACUCGAGUUGAUCCAGAGCAGUCCGACUUCACUAGUCCUCAUCCUCGACUUGCCUCCUCGGAAAGAUCUCGUUCUCCAUCCCGACUACCUCAAAACGUUUUAUGAGGACACAAUGCUGGACGCCCCAAGGCAAAAGCUUGAGAAACUAGCUGAGGUGAAACCUUACUUUUCCUCAUCGCUUUACAUCCGCAGCGUUGUGUCUCCAACUGCAAUUUUAGUUCGUGUCGAUGCAGUGGAGGGAGGGCUGAGCUUAGAGGAAAUCAUAGAGAACCAUGUUGGUCCGGUUGCAAAGGAAGUGUUAGGCAUCUGGUUGGAACAAUGUGCUUUUGGGAAUAGAGAAGUAGGGGAGAUUGAGAGAGGUGAACUAAAGAAGAGGGAUGAUUUGGUAAAAAGAAAGACUAUUGAGAUUGAUUUGGGAUCGAACUUUCCUAGAUUGUUUGGACCUAAUGCUGCAGAUCGAGUAUUAGGAGCCAUUCGGGAAGCUUAUAAGGUAUGAACAUAUGGUGUACUUGUAUGUGUUAAUUUGAUCACUGUAAAAUAGUUACACUACUAAUACCAGUCAAUAAUGAUCAAAUGAUUCGAUUGGACUUGGGAAAGGAAAAAUAAAGAGGAUUAUAGGAAAAGCCAUUCAACAUAGGAAAUUCAGCAUAAAAUAAAUAUUUUAAACUAAUCAUGAUUACCAUUGAUGAUAGACAACAUAGAAUGGUGGUGUACUGGACUUUUAAGUGUGUUUAUUGACUGGUUCAUCUCAUUUUAGACUAUCCUAGUUUGCUGAUCGAGGCACAUUUGGACUUGAUAUAUAGUUAGAUCUGUGUUUGCAUUGGUGUA